AUACCAAACGGUAUGUCGUUGAGUCCCAGGAUAAAAAAACGGAUAAGAACCUGUUUGUAAGAACAAGAAUCAUCAAGGAAGAAGUAGCAGUAGCAGCAUGGCUUCAAUCACGACUAUGAUGAUGACAACAAUUCCUUCAGAAUUCCAACGACAACCUCGAACCUUCACACAAUCUUGUCAUGUAACAAUUGGCUGCAGUCACGUUCUUACAUGUCCAAAGUCCACAUGCACCAAUUUCUGUGAUAUGCAGCACUAUCUGUGUAGAAGUUUAUUAUUCCCUAGUAGUCCCCAAAGAAGAGGUCUAACACGUUUGACCAAGCCAAUAUCUGCUUCUAGUUCAGGUCUUGAGGCAUCUAUUACAGAUCAGAAGGGCAAAACAAUAAAGUUGAAGAGUGCUAUGAUAGUUAUUGAGUCUCAAGAUGAAAAUAAGAUGCAAAUACAAGUGGACUUGACUGGGGAUGAGACGGAAAAAGUAUUUAAUCAGGUUCUAACAAAUUUGGCUCGCACAGCCCCACCUGUUCCAGGAUUUCGCAGGCAAAAAGGAGGAAAAACAUCGCAGGUCCCAAAAAGCUUUCUCUUACAAAUGCUUGGUGAAGAGCGUGUCACUAAGUUUGUUAUACAAGAAAUAGUUAACUCAACCAUGGAUGAUUAUGUGAAGAAUGAAAAUUUGAAUGUGAAGGACAACAAAAUUAACACAAUCCAGAAGGCAGAAGAGCUAAUGUCAUCGUUUAUACCUGGCAAAGAAUUCAGAUUUAAUGCUGUUCUUGAACUUGAAGGUUCAGAAAUCAAGACAUCAAGUUGAAUCUCAUGAUGACGUUCUUCUUAAUGAAACAUUCAUUUCUUUUUUUCUUUCUGAGUCUUCUUUACUCAUUCAAUGUUGAAAUUGAUGUGUUCAGUUACAAAUAAAAAUAGUUUGUUAUAUAAAA